CAAAGGCUUGUCAAUAAACCAUCAUACAAGCGGUGGACUGACACAGAGCUGUUCCAGAAAUACUCCUGAAACAUGUUACAUAAGUUUAUUGUGUUCAAGGUGUUCUUACACACUUUCCGGUGGCCCCAGGUGUUUGGCCAGGGUGAACUACUAUGUUGCAAACGGGUCACGGGGGUCGCUGGAGCCAAUCCCAGAUACUUAAGGGUGGAGGACUCUGCCCAGAAUGAAUCACCAUUGCCCAUAAGAUCGAGUUCCAUAGAUUUUUUGACCUGGUUUCCCAGUACUAGCAUGGCCCCAGCUGUUGUCAUGGGAGCAAAAGGUGGAGGACCGGCCCCAGCUGUUGUCAUGGGAGCAAAAGGUGGAGGACCGGCCCCAGCUGUUGUCACUGCAGCAGAAGGUGGAGGACCGGCCCCAGCUGUUGUCAUGGGAGCAAAAGGUGGAGGACCGGCCCCAGCUGUUGUCAUGGGAGCAGAAGGUGGAGGACCGGCCCCAGCUGUUGUCACUGCAGCAGAAGGUGGAGGACCGGCCCCAGCUGUUGUCAUGGGAGCAGAAGGUGGAGGACCGGCCCCAGCUGUUGUCACUGCAGCAGAAGGUGGAGGACCGGCCCCAGCUGUUGUCACUGCAGCAGAAGGUGGAGGACCGGCCCCAGCUGUUGUCACUGCAGCAGAAGGUGGAGGACCGGCCCCAGCUGUUGUCACUGCAGCAGAAGGUGGAGGACCGGCCCCAGCUGUUGUCAUGGGAGCAAAAGGUGGAGGACCGGCCCCAGCUGUUGUCAUGGCAGCAGAAGGUGGAGGACCGGCCCCAGCUGUUGUCAUGCAGCAGAAGGUGGAGGACCGGCCCCAGCUGUUGUCACUGCAGCAGAAGAAAACCCAAUGAAGAAGGAGUAGUAAUACUACAUCCAGCUAAUGACCCUAAAAAAAAAAAAAAAAAGAAAAGCCUGGGUCCAUACAAGUGAUCUUCUCUACA